AUGUACAUCUUUACCUGUGAACAGGGUUGGCUGCCCAUUAUACGUGCCGAGUGCAAAUAUCGCCCGAACAUGCGAACGGUGCUGUUGUCCGCCCUAAUAGGGUUUGCCAUCGCCAGGGAGAGUGACUGGCAGCCGAUAGUGCCAGACACGUCCGAUGGAUAUGGCAGCUAUUCCAUGUCCUCCGACAGGUCCAUUGAAGCCGGGCCUCAGCUCAAGAUUUUGAAUCGAAGACCCGCACAGUCUUUGUAUUCAACGAACAAACUGACAAGUUUUUACAACGUUGCCGCGGCCCCCGCGUCCGAUACAUGCAGCGUGUAUAAAGUUUCCAUGAACCAAGAGCUGUUCUAUCAGUAUUUAGAGUACGACAAGUUACUACCCGACCUCAAGGAGUUCACGCUAUGCAUGUGGACAAAGUUUCAUAAUCACACCGAAGAUCACCCACUGUUUUCGUACGCUGUUGGCGACGAGCCGAAAGAGAUCUCGGCGUGGAUAUCAAACACUCAAGAAGCGAGUUACUACAGCAUGGCGGUGCACGGGCAAACGUUCUUCAGAUUAAACUAUCCCCUAAAACUGAACACAUGGUACCACUCCUGCCAAUCGUGGAACGGCAAGACUGGCGAAUGGCAAGUGUGGGUGAACGCGGAAAGAGUCGGUAGAGGUUUCAACAACCGUCUAGUCGGUCACGUCAUUAAAGGAGGUGGCGUAGCAAUAUCUGGUCAGGAACAAUCGCAGCUAUAUAACAAGGACAGCCUAGAUACAAUUAAAAAACAAUCCGGUUUGAUGGGCGAGGUUACGAUGUUGCAAUUGUACCAAGUGGCCCUGACAGCUGGUAAGGCGCACAAGGACCACAAGCACCACCACGUCCACCACUUCAAACAUGACGGCACCCCUAUAGAGGACGCAACAGGAGGCGCAGCCGAACCGCCACCGCCUCCGGCGACUCCGCUCGGAAAUGGAAACUUCCUCAUCGGCGGUCAACUCCAGAGAGCGCCAAGUCUGAACCUGGCGGGAGCUCAACAACAAAUGAUUCCCGCCCAGCUGCCGAGCGGAUUACAAAUCCAUCAGCAGUAUGUCAACGGCCAACUUGGUAACCGAAUUAUAUCCGAACAGCUUCUGAAUGGCAUACAAACGUCUGCAAAUAAUGCAGGUUCAGCGUCUUCGAUACCGUUAGUGGGUCUGGCAAUCUCACCUAUAUCUCAUAACCAAGGCUAUUUGCCAAGGUUAGCGGCUGGACAGUCGAAAGGCUCCACUGUACUUUUAUCUGGCUCCUUGUUGAACCCAGCGAAUGUGCAGUACAUCGAUGGCGGUUCCGGACAUGAGAUAUACAGAAGAGAAUCAAUAAAGCGCGACAAGAGAGACAACCCAGAAAAAGAACUGAUUGAAGAGAAUAUGUCCAGUAAGAAGGACAAACGCGGUCUUGUUGCCUUAUCUGACGGAUCCAUAGUAGAUGAGGCACUGCUCAGUCCAAGCAUAGCGGACGACAGCGAAAAUGCCGUCUUCGAAAAGUCGCUGCUGCAAGGCCUGGCUGGCGUCGUAGGCAACAUACCGGUGCAAAAUUUACAGAAACAGAACAGCGACGAGCGUGAACCGGCAGAGGCUGAGGUGAAGGCAGUGAUGCAAGUGUGCAGCGGUUGUGCGCAAGAACCAUUCAAGAAGGCUUUAGUACUGUCGUGGAGAUCGACACCGAAAAAACUCUACAGUGGGGCGCAUUAUUACAAAGGAUUACCAAUUUGCCGCGCUUUC